AUGAUCAAGGAGUACAGGCCAGGGGCAGCCGGCAGUCGCCCCAGCAGCUUUGCCCUGAACGACCGAGCAGAGCUGACCAUGGGAGUUGGCACCAUCUGCUGGUGUGCUCCGGAGGUGCUGAGCGGAUCGUCGCAGUACGGGUUGCCAAGCGACGUCUACAGCUUUGCCAUUCUCCUCUUUGAGAUUGAGACCUGCCGCCUGCCAUACGAAGACAUACCAAGUGUGCGCACCAUUCCGUCAUUGGUGAUCAGCGGCACACGCCCCACGCUGCCAGAGCCAAUUGUCACCCGGCCAUACGCACGCGAGUUCCGCGAAAUCAUGGCGCAGUGCUGGGAUGGAGAGCCGUCAAAGCGGCCCGCGUUCAGGGAGGUGCUUGAGGUGCUGGAACGGCUUGAGGUUGACGUGGUGCUGCCGUCAUUCCCUGAUGACAGCGCCAAAGCAGCGAGCCAAGGAGUACCAGAUCACGCCAUGCAUUCUGGCACACACGAUAGCAACAACAGCAAGAGUGGCAAAGGUGGCAGUGGCGUUGAUGGAGGGCAGUUGCCAAGCGUCCUUCCACCAGAUGUGCGGCACAGGCGCGCAGACAAGUACCACACCCUCACGCCUUCGUUCUCGCCCCACUCAACCAUGUAG